AAAUUUUAAUAUUUUUCUGGAAAACUGUCCACGACCGAAAACUGACACGCUUUCAGUUUAAUUUCAAAGCGAUUGUACAUUCUUAUCAAUUAAUUUAUUUAUUUUUAAGAUCUAACACUACGCCUGGACCUACUUUGAUUCAUAAUAAACUGCAAAGAUGAGUACGAUAUUGGAGAAAAUUGCCGCUAUCGAGGCCGAGAUGGCCCGAACACAAAAAAACAAAGCCACAGCUCUCCACUUGGGUAUAUUGAAAGCUAGGCUUGCUAAGUUGAGACGAGAAUUGAUCACACCCAAGGGCGGCGGCGGAGCUACUGGCGAAGGUUUCGACGUCGCCAAAACCGGUGAUGCCCGUAUCGGUUUUGUGGGCUUUCCUUCCGUGGGAAAGUCAACGUUGCUGUCUAACUUAGCCGGCGUGUACUCUGAGGUGGCAGCGUAUGAAUUCACAACGCUGACAACUGUGCCGGGUUGUAUCAAAUAUAAGGGGGCUAAAAUUCAGCUGCUAGAUCUCCCUGGUAUUAUCGAAGGCGCUAAAGACGGCAAGGGUCGUGGUCGGCAGGUGAUCGCCGUGGCCCGCACGUGCAGUCUCAUCUUCAUUGUGCUGGACGUCCUCAAGCCGCUGCAGCACAAGAAACUCCUGGAGCACGAGCUCGAAGGCUUCGGGCUCCGGUUAAACAAGCAGCCACCGAACAUACACUUUAGGAAAAAAGACAAGGGUGGAAUCAACUUGAAUACUACUUGUCCCCAAUCCGAGCUGGACUUGGAAGCGGUGAGGACAAUCCUCUCCGAAUACAAGAUACCGAAUGCUGACAUCACGCUCCGGUACGACGCAACCAGCGACGAUCUAAUCGACGUCAUUGAAGGCAACAGGAUAUACGUGCCUUGCAUCUAUCUACUGAACAAGAUCGAUCAAAUUAGCAUAGAAGAGUUAGACGUCAUCUACAAAAUCCCUCACUGCGUUCCCAUAUCGGCUCACCACAAGUGGAACUUUGACGACCUUCUAGAAAAGAUGUGGGAAUACCUGAAACUGAUCAGGAUAUACACCAAGCCCAAAGGACAGCUGCCCGAUUACAAUGCCCCGGUCGUGCUGCAUGCAGAUAAGACUUCGAUUGAAGAUUUCUGUAACAAACUCCAUAGGUCGAUUGUGAAGGAAUUCAAGUAUGCUCUCGUUUGGGGAUCUUCAGUGAAGCAUCAGCCGCAGAAAGUGGGAAUUGAACACGUGUUGGCCGACGAGGAUGUUGUACAAAUUGUUAAGAAAGUCUAAGCCUGUAUGAAAUGAUGCUCAAAGUUCGACUCAAACUCAAGAUAGACUCAAAAGCAUGAUCGGAAUAUCAAUAUUAUUUAGAACUAUCUUAUGGUUGAGUUAGGGAUUGCAUUUGAGUCGAAUUUUGAACGUAGUAUUAUAAUAUGGACCUAAAUACACUAAACGUGUUGAAAAAGUAUAAUGUUUUUACGUAACGAAAUGUGUAUCGAUAAAUGAUAUUACGUUCACAUAGUCAUGUAGCGUGGGGCGUUUGACAGUUAUAUGAGAAGUCGGUGCGUUCGCGGGGCUUUGUCGUUCCGUAUAAAUACGCAUGAACUAAGUACGCCCCGCGAAUGCCCUAAGACUUCUGAGAAUAUUAUUUAGACAAGCUGUUUAAAAUAAAAGAUGUGUCAAAGCUCUAGCGUGUGCUGUUUAGGCAUAGUCGCUAGCACAUCAGAUCAGAUUACAUUUUUGCUUAAAUAUAGCACUUGUUACAACAAAAACUAUAAAAUACACAGGAAACUUAAAUGACCAAAUGACGUCACAUGGCAAUGUGAACGUAAUAAUUCAUGUUGAUGUUUGGGUAUCUGAAAAAUAAUCAUUAUCAUAAGAAAUAUUUUUGUCGGUUAUAAAUACGAAAUAGAAAUAAAAAUGAGUUGUAAAAAUAUUGUAAGUACUCAUGUAUCUAUCAUUUAAAACAUUUUUUAUUUUCAUCAGAUACUCAAACAGAAAUUGUUAUGGCUGAAAAUUAGUUAUCGAAAAUAGUGUUAAAAUAAUUUCAUUUUGUAACCUUGAUUUGUUUCUCUGACAAAAAUAUUUGCAUUUACUUUACGUAAACCUGAGUUUUCGUCAUAAUAACUAAGGAUUUAAAUUAACAGUUUGUUUUUUAUUAUGAUUAUUACAAUAGGAUUACUAAAAUACAUAUUUUACAAGGCGCAAAUGCAAGGAAUUAUACACCUUUGCUUUACUUUCCGUUGGGAUGUUCUAUGUGUUGUAUAGUAUGCUCAUUAAAAUCUAAACUUAA